AAAAGCUUCACCCUUCGCAAUCACGAACCAAAGGCAGUGAGCUGUUCCAACGCGAAUCUUUCAACAUUUUCUGCCCCUGUAUCAGAACUUGCAAAUAAUUCACCAUCUUCAAACAUGGCGAGCACUAGUAUGGACUACGAGGCGCCCAAUGGCGACCGCUACGAAGAUGAUGCCCCUCGGUAUGAGCGUGAUAAUCGCAGUGCCUCGCCUCGCGCUGCUCGUGACGAAGGCGACAACGGUAGACGCCGUUCACUAUCUCCCUCGCACCACCAGGACAGGUAACGCUAACUCGACUCUCGAGCAACGCGAUAUACUAACUUGUCACAGUGGCUCCAAGGAUUCUUCCGCGUCCAAGGAUGAUGAUGAUGGUGCAAUCAACCCUGGUUCGAACCUUUUUGUUACUGGCAUUCACCCCCGUCUUUCAGAAGCCGAAGUCACUAAGAUGUUUGAAAAGUAUGGCGACGUCGAAAAGUGCCAGAUUAUGCGCGAUCCCCACACCAAAGAAUCCCGAGGUUUUGGCUUUGUGAAAAUGGUUACUUCUGAUCAAGCUGAAGCCGCCAAGGAAGGCCUGCAAGGCGAGCAAAUUGAAGGUCGAACCAUGAGCAUCGAAAAGGCUCGCCGCGCUCGUCCUAGAACCCCCACACCAGGCAAAUAUUUCGGCCCCCCCAAGCGAGAAUCGCGACCUCGAUUCGACGAUCGCCGCCGUGGAGGAUAUGGCGGCGGCUACGGCCGAGAUGACCCUUACCGCUACCGAGGAUAUGACCGGGGCCAAGACAGAGGAGGAAGCUAUGAUCGCGGCUACGAGCGUCGUUAUGAUGACAGGGGAUAUGAUCGAGGAUACCGCGGGGACGAACGCCGCUUCGAGGACCGAGGAUACAGUCGAGACGGAGAACGAGGUGGCUACGAACGCCGAGACCGGGACGACGGCUAUAGCAGAGACCGUUAUGCUGGCGGCCGUGAAGACCGUGAUCGCUAUGGACCCCGGGGUGGCAGCGGUGGCGGUAGUGGCGGCCCUGGAGGCUAUGAUCGUGACCGCUAUGAACGUCAGCCUGAGCGUGAUGGUGCGCGUUCCCGUGAGCCCCAAUCGGGCUCUGGUGCCGGUUACGCUGAAGGGGGAUCCCGUUCAGAGCACCGAGAGUAAGUUUAUCUCGUGUAAUACCGAGUAGGUCUGUGGAGGUGGUCUACAAGAAUUGAGUUGAUUCAAUUCGAAGACCUACCCCCAGCACUACUCAUCGCUACACACCACUAUAUUCGACGUUUUAUGCGCGUUUAAUUUUGCUGGUUGUAAUAUUCGGUCACAUCGUAGCAUCACCAAGAUUUUGUGAUGAUAUCGGUGGAAAGAAAGAAAAGAAGCUCGAGUCCUUUACAGUAUAUUAUGGAGGAGGAUUGGGUCGGCCACUGCGUUCUAGAGCAUCCACAUCGCUCAAUACAUGGCGAUGAAAGAAUAUCGGAUUGCUGGGGUGGAUUACGUCGAAUCUCGACAUUCAAAACGGUUUAUCACUUUUCAGUCCCUGCGCCACCUUGUUUAUUAGCCAGUUCCAACACACAACUCAGCCAAUCGCAUCAAUCGACUUCAGACCGACGUGACACUCAUGGACAAAUAUAGAAAGCAAGCAAAACUGCGACUUCGGACUGCUAACCUUCUUCUGGAUCUCCUGGUAGCUACCUCAGACGCCAUCCAUCAGAAUAUGCGUCAGCAACUUUAACUUAAGGUAGGGCUCUAUUGUGCUAAUAUCAUAUAUGCAGGUGCCACAUUGGCGCUAAUAAUAGCGAUGAAGCAACUGCCCCCAGACGGAGUACACAGCACAAACCCACGUACCUGUUCUCGUGGCGGCUGAGACUGCCCUCUGCGCCAUGCUAUCAUGUUAUCUGAAACCGGGAGCCCAGUGAGGAUGAUCUGUUAUAAACACACUGCUGUAAUAUCAAACAGUUCGUAGAUUCACCGCUAUCGUGUUCGAAAAUAAUAUCCAAUGAUAACACAGAGUUGUGACCUACACAGCUUCGUCGUUCACUAUGAAGUACGUGCCUCUACAGUUAAUAUAAAAUGGAUUAUAAACCUAUCAUACAUCGCCUCAAUUGAGCCUUUUCCAGUUCAACGCAAUCAACUACAGUCCACUCAAUCCUGCGUUUCAUCACGAGCAGGAUUGGCCCCAAUUAGCCAUCCAACACCAGACACCAGCGUUCCAGUAGCGGCUUCCCGAAGCUGGUCUCGUCUUCUAACUCGUUGCUUAGACAUAUCUUCCGACUCAUCCACAUCUACCGCCUGUGUUGAAUCAUUACUUCUUGAUAGGGCUGAAAAAUUGCGCUGUGCAAUACGAGCCGUAGCCCGGGAAAGAUCGAAGAGAGAUACAGGGGCGUCGUCCCCUUGUCGUGCUGUAGCAGCUGCUGUUAAAUUCCUUGAUAUUUUGUUGAUGUCCUUGGGAGCAUCAAAAGUACCUGGGAUGGGGUUCAAUUCCGUGGUCGUAUCCCAUGCCGCCUCAUUCGCAGCCUCUUCUUUGAUAGCGGAAUCGAGCUGCUCUUCGCAACGCCGAAACAAGUUCAGGAUAUUCUGAAGCUCGGCAGGCGGGGCAACUCUCAGAGCGGUCGCUAAACAUUCGAUUCGCUGCUGGAAGUGUCGAAUAGUAGGAUUGCCGCUUGCCGUUCCGAGGUGUGUCGGACGCUGUGAUCUUUCGGUUCGAACAUACUGACCGGCCUUGAAGGCGGCAGUCCAUACCCAUUCAUUUUGGGCCAGUUUAUCAUUAUCAGAGGGACUGGAAAGCUUGCUGACGACGUAUGAAUACGCGGUCUCGAAGUCGUCCUCUCUUAGUGCCGCCUCGAUGCACAUGCUAACAAUGCGCUUUUCUACUAGCGUAGAACUCAUCAGUAUCACCUGUUCAUCGAAAGUCUCUGGAUUUCGUCGAUCUCCUACUAAUCCAGCUUGCACCAAAUUGGCUCCGAUUUCAAUGAACUCCUGUAAUCGAGUGUACGCCUUGGGGUUUUGUUCAAGGGCCCUGGAAAUGAUGCUGACAGGAUCAGAAUGUACACGCAAGACAACAGGGCUGAAUGGUUCGCCUUGUUUCAAAACUAGGCGAUAAUCACUCAAUGCAUGCGUGGCUCGUAAAAGAGCCUCAAUCUCUUUGCUGAAUUGCAUGCCGCUGGGUAGGGUAUUGGGUAAGGAGUGAAUG